AUGUCGAACCGGAUCUACACCGGGGUCUGGACCGACUGGAGCCUCGGCCGGGUCACCGGCACGACCAUCACCCUGUCGGCCCGCGACGGCGGGCUCCUCCUCGCCUUCAUCGCCAUCUUCGUCACCGUCAUCGCCGCGCGGUUGUGGCGCUCGCUGACCUUUGUGUGCCACCAGGUCCUCGCCUCCGGCGGCAAGCACGACGGCUUGCACUACCAGCGCCAGGUCAUCCUCCGCAACAUCCCCGCGCCGGUGCCGGCGACGUGGCUGUUCCUCCAGCAGGCGUGGCACUGGCGCGGCCGGGCGGACCGGCCGCUCCUCCGGACGGUGCCGUGGGCCGUCUGCGGGUUCCUGUACGCCGUCCUCCUCGGGCUCGCCGCCGUCUUCUCGUCCAAGGUGUCCGAGAGCGCCACGCGGUUCCGGCUGCUGGAGGCGGCGGACUGCGGCAUGUUCGUGCCGGAGGGCCGGGACGCCCUCCAGCAGAAGAACGCCUACGACAACUCCCUCGCCGCCGUCUACUCGCGACAGUGCUACGGGGGCCACGAGAACGACGUCUCGCCGGCCGCCUCGUGCGGCACGCUACCCGUCCCCUCGAUCCGCUGGACCAACGCCUCGGUCGAGUGCCCUUUCGCGGACGAGGUCUGCAUGGGCAAGUCGUUCCGGAUGGAGACGGGCAUGGUCGACUCCCACACCCACCUGGGCAUCAACGAGCAGGAGCAGAACCGGGUCCAGUACUGGCGGGAGACGGACUGCGCGCCCCUCGUCAGCCAGCGGGGGUUCUCGCGGUUCCUCAACGGCACCGAGGCGCGCGAGCUCGGCUGGGACGACGACGUGCUCAUCAAGUACUUCUACGGCGGCAUAGGCGCGCAGAACUACACCCACAUCUACAACACGUACGGCGAGAGCACGCAGAUCGGCUACUCGACCUGGGUCAUCUCCAACGACCCCUCGAGGAACGCCAGCCUGUGGCGCCCCAUCGAGGCCCUGGCGCUCGACCACCGGGACCUCACGCUGCUCCUGAUCGCGCCCAACUCCAUCGUGCACCUGCAGCCCAACGACGACCCGGUCUUCGGGGCCCACAUACCCGUGGACCUGUCCGACGGCAGCACCGUCUACCGCGCCGACCGGUACGCGAGCCCCGUCGCCUGCGCGGACCGGCACCGGAUCUGCAACCCGAACAACGGCGUCUGCACGGCGCCGCAGGGGGCCGCCGACUUGGUGCGCAACGCCCGGGCGCCGGAGGUCGGCCUCAACGCGGCGCAGGUGGCGGCGGUCGACCGCAUCGGCUUCUUCGUCACGAGCUCGACGUUCCACCAGCUCAUCUGGACGCGCACGCAGAGCUACCUCAAGGCGCAGGAGCUCGUCGCCGAGCUCCUCCAGCUCCCGCUGCCCUCGGACCAGUGGCAGAUCGAGAUGGGGUCGCUGUUCGCCGAGAACCUGGCCAAGCUGCAGCACCAGAUGGCCGAGUACGUCACGGGGCCGUCGAUCGCCGUCCCCGGCGCCGUGAACAGGGCCUGGGAGGCGUUGGAGGCGAUGCCGGACGACGUCCGCGCGGCCCACGAGGACAUGUGCCACAGGCAGAGGACCCGGGACGCGCAGGGGACGCUCAACUUCUCCGUCCUCGGCCUCGCCAUGCUGCUGGGCCUCGGGUCGCUCUUCAUCGCCUUCUCGUACGUGCUGGAGCUCGCGACGCAGCUCCUGCAGCGGGCGACGGGCCUCGGCGUGCACAAGGCGAGGCGGUGGGAGCGCGACGAGAACCUGCAGGUCAUGCGGAUGCUGUUCGAGGCCAAGGACGCCGGCGUGUGGAGGGGCUCGACGGACUCGUUCCCGACGACCGAGUCCAGGGACUAUUUCGAGUGGGACGGCGACGCCCUCGGGCAGCACGCUCGCUACACGACCCUGGUGCACGAGAAUUACGACAAGAGUUAG